AGAGAGACUGAUCGCUCUCGAUCUCCUUUGGUCAUGGAUGCAGUGCUGAGGAUUGCAGAGAAGACAUCGGGCAGAGACAAGCUCUGCAGACUGGUCCAAUAUGGCUCCAAGACCCUCUCCUGGUGUCUGGAACUGGAGGGAGCCAGCGCCGAGCUCGUGAGCAAGCUCAAGGCUUUGGAGGUCUCCAUCAGCACCGCUAGAAAACUGUUUCGUCUUGGGAUGAGUAUUGACAGUCUGCGAUCAGCUCUGCAGACGAUCCACCUGGCCAGCCCUGUCCUGAGGGUCCUAGUCACUCUAAUGAGGGUAUGUCGCGGACUCUACCUCCUCAUCGACCACCUACUAUGGGCGUCUCGUAUGAGACUUGUCUCCAUCGACGAACGGUUUUGGAGCCGUCUGUCAAACAGAUUCUGGCUGGCCGCCAUUUUUCUCUCUCUCAUGCGAGAUCUUUAUGAAUUCCUGGUGGCUCUCCGACACCAGAGAAACCGGUUGAACCAGUACGGGUCGUCUUCGACUCCGGUUACUCCACGUGCAGUGGUGGGUGGGGUACUCCAAACACACCCUGCCCUAGUCGUAGACACAGUGAAGAACAUGACCGAUUUCUGGAUCCCUGCAUCUCGUCUCGAUCUCGUUUACCUGCCGAGCGGUAUUGUGGGGUUGGUGGGUGUGGUUUCGUCGCUGGCCGGUCUCCUUGGGUCACAUGACCAGAAGUGGAGACUCAGGUUCAGUUAGACCUUUGUCACCAGCGGAGACAGUGUGUGUGUGUGUGUUUGGUGAACCUAAUUGAAUUUCUACUUGUGUUGAUCUUGGAUUUCUACGCACGUGAAAUUUUUUGUAAGAUUUAUAUAUGAGAAUGAUUAACAUUGAUUAUCCACUGCUCAGCAGUGUGCAGGAAGAUAUGUGUCUCCACUGGUUUCAGAGUCUCUCUCCUCUUCUUCCUUCUUCCCCUCCUCUCUCUUCUCUCUCUCCUUCUCUGCUGCCUCGAGAUCACCGACCUCCAUCUCAAAGAAGGAGGCGAGAGAAGCCAGAGAGUGCUGGCUCUGAACCACUCCCACCAGCUGUGAUCCCAGCGACUCAUUCUGCCCCUCUUCUCCCCCAGUUCCGGUGGACUGAACAAACUCCAUAUUUGCAUGUCGUCUCAGUCCCGUUCCAGGUCUGACUCCA